AUGAGGUUCGGUGAGCAUCUCCGUUCCUCCAUGAUCAAGGAGUACUAUCCGUACUACAUUGCCUACGACGAGCUCAAGAAAGCCCUCAAGACCGACUUUGUCACCCAACCAACCCCCGAAAACGUCAAACCCGCCCGCAAGGAAUGGACCGAGGACGACGAGACCACCUUUGUCACCCUGCUCGAGUCUGAACUCGACAAGGUCUUUCAAUUCCAGAAGCGCAAAUCCGAGGAAAUCGUCGAGCGCAUCAAGGCGAGCGAGGUCGAGGUGAAUGACGUCGUCUCCCGUCUGGAUGACAGCAAAGGGUCCCGUCGCCAGAGCUCCCACACGUCGAGGCCACCGCCCACCGACGAGGAUUUCCUGCUGUUGGAGCAGGUACUGUCCGACAUCAUCGCCGAUGUGCACGAUCUGGCCAAAUUCACUCAAUUGAAUUAUACCGGCUUCCAGAAGAUCAUCAAGAAGCACGAUAAAGAGACAAAAUGGUAUCUCAAGCCCGUGUUCGCCGCCCGACUCAAUGCCAAACCCUUCUUCAAGGACAACUACGAUGCCUUCGUGGUGAAGCUUUCCAAACUCUACGACCUGGUCCGCACCAAGGGUAACCCGGUCAAGGGCGACUCAGCCGCCGGUGGGGCCCAGCAGAACUUUGUGCGUCAGACCACCAAGUACUGGGUACAUCGUGAUAACAUCACCGAGCUCAAGCUGGUGAUUUUGAAACACUUGCCAGUGCUGGUUUUUAAUGCCAGCAAGGAGUUUGAGGAGAAGGACACGGCCAUCUCCUCCAUCUACUUCGAUAACACCGAUACCUGGGAGCUGUACCAAGGCCGUCUUAAGAAGACCGAGGGUGCUGAGGCCAUUCGUCUGCGCUGGUAUGGAGGCAUGGAGAGCGACCAGAUUUUCGUUGAGCGCAAGACCCAUCGUGAAGACUGGACUGGUGAAAAGUCCGUCAAGGCCCGUUUUGCCCUCAAGGAGAAGAAUGUCAAUGCCUUUCUGGAUGGCCGCAUGACUGUGGAGCAUGUCUUUGACAAGAUGCGCAAGGAAGGCAAGAAGAGUACGGACGAAAUCAACGAUCUUGAGCAGCUUGCCCGCGAAAUUCAAUACCGAGUCAUCACCCGCCGCCUCGUCCCCGUCACUCGCACGUUCUACCACCGUACCGCCUUCCAGCUGCCUGGCGAUGCCCGUGUGCGUAUCUCGCUUGAUACCGAGCUCACCAUGAUCCGUGAGGAUAACUUGGAUGGCCGCCGGCGUGCUGGAGCCAACUGGCGGCGCAUGGAUAUUGGCGUCGACUAUCCGUUCUCGCAGCUGCCGCCAGAGGACAUUGACCGCUUCCCGUACGCGGUGUUGGAGGUCAAGCUGCAGACGCAGGCAGGCCAGGAGCCACCGCAGUGGAUCCGAGAUCUGACCGCGUCGCACCUCGUCGAGGCCGUGCCCAAGUUCAGCAAGUUUAUCCACGGCACGGCGACUUUGUUCCCUACUCGCAUCAACCUCCUGCCUUUCUGGUUCCCGCAGAUGGACACUGAUAUCCGCAAGCCCCCGACCCGCCGAUACGGUAUCCACCGCCCGAUGGCGAGCACGUCGAUGUCUGUGAAUGAUGAGGACUCGGACGACGACGAGUCCCCGCAGAUGACCGAAAGUGCUACGCUGAACGGGUCGCGCGAGGGCUCGGAUGAUCGAUACCUCUUCACCGAGACGAACGGCAACGAGCUAGACAUUGAGGAGCGUAUCGCUGCGCGCCCCUUGGCCGGUGAUGAGGAUUAUCCACUUUACGAUUCGGACGAUGAUUAUGAUACCGUAGACUCGGAUGAACUGGAGGAGGCGCGCCGCGUCGGUGGUGUGUAUUAUGCCGAGCAAUUGGCCAAGCAUUACCUUCGGAAGACUGGGCGUGCCAUUGCACAGGGUCUUUGGGCGAUUGUUCCCCGGCCCCGGCCUACUGAGAUGCCGCCACCGGAGGCUCGUGGUAUCCAGGUACUCGGCACCCAGCGCAGGUUCAAGCGUUUCCAGGCACCGCCAGGCAAGAGAAUCUUCGUUCCCGUCCGUGUCGAACCUAAAGUCUACUUCGCCGCUGAGCGCACAUUCCUCUCCUGGCUCGAAUUCUCCAUCAUCCUGGGCGGUAUCGCCGCCACACUCCUGAACUUUGGCGUCGACUCCAUCUCGCUGGGAAGCGCUUGGGCCUUUACCAUUCUCGCCGCCGGUGCUCUGGUCUACUCCCUGCUCCUGUACAUCUGGCGCGUGGACAAGAUCCGCAAGCGCCGUGAUGUCAAACGCGUCUACUACGAGAAGUGGGGACCCACUAUCGUCAGUCUGGGUCUCGUAGUCGUUGUACUGGUGAACUUCGGGUUGCGUGUCAAGGCUGGCGGAUUCAUGGCUGGGAAACUCCCGUUGGAUGGGAGACCCCGCCAUGGUGAUGAGCUCUGA